AACAGAAAUACCACAAGUGGAUGGCUUUAACAAAGAGAAGUUUAUUCUCUCACAGUCCAGUAGGCUAGAAGUCCGAAUUCAGGGUGCUGGCUCCAGGGGAAGGCUCUCUCUGUCGGCUCUGGAGGAAGGUCCUUGUCAUCAGUCUUCCCUUGGUCUAGGAGCAUCUCAGCACAGGAACCUCAGGUCCAAAGGACGUGCUCUGCUCCCAGCGCUGCUUUCUUGGUGGUAUGAGGUCCCUAUGUCUCUGCUCACUUCUCUGUUUUAUAUCUCAAAAGAGACUGGCUUAAGACACUAUCUAAUCUUACAGAUCUCAUCAAUAUAAUUGUCACUAAUCUAUCUUAUUACAUCAUAGUGAUAGGAUUUACAACACAUAGGGAAAUCACAUCAGAUGAUAAAAUGGUAGACAAUCAUAUAAUGUUGGGAAUCAUGACCUAGCCAAGUUGACAGAUAUUUUGGGGGGAUGCAAUUCAAUCCGUGACAGUGCUCUUCCAUGAUGUAGUCAUGUAAUGUAAUUGCUUUGUGUUAUGUGAUCUGAUGUGGUCAGCCAAUCAGUUGAAAUGGGAGUUUCCUUGGGGGUGUGGCCUGCCUCUAGUGUAUACAUGGGAUGUUCUGGCAAAGCUAGCUCUCUUACUUUCUCUUGACCCUUCACUCUUCUGGUUGCCUAACCUCCAGUUGUUGGGAUGCAAGCCUGCAGAAGUCUGCCUUACCUGCAGAUUUUGGAUUCACCAGCCCCUGCAACCCCGUGAGCUAGCAGAGGACUCCAGCCUGCCACCUGAUCUACAGAUAGGAUAAAGGGUUAGGACAGAUAGAGGAGUGAGGAUCACAGACAGUCAUUGCACAGAAUAGAAACCAGUUCUGGUGGGGAGGGGCUGACUAGAGUUAGGAGCUCCUCCUGCCCCCCAGGGCCUAGAAGGAGGAAAUGGUUCUCAGAGUGACCUGGUAUCUACAUCUCCCCCCUGGAGUGUUUCCUCAGUGUGACUAUGGGACAGUAGGGGCACAACAGGCCAUGCAGCCCAGGAUAUCUGAUGCCACCCAGUGUCCUCCAAACUUUUAGGUGGGGGGCAGGGCUUGUGAGCAAUGCAGGGAUGACCUGAAUGCUUUUUAUCUCCAUUCUCUCCUGUGAACUGAGUCUUUGGGAGGGGGAAUCACAGGAAGGCUGGACGGUGACUGAACCUGACCCAGAAGUACUUUGGCUGCCUGCCUUCCAGUCCAGGGUUCUUUCUGCCCUAAGACCCUAAACCUGAGUUUAGGAUUUAGUCUUGCCCUGGUUUGGAAGGAGCUCAGGCAGGAAUGGGACAUACCUCUCUUGAGUCUCUUUGCGAGGGGGUGGGGGAGAACCCAGGGUGGGUGGCUGGUUUGUUUUAUUACUCAAUACCAUACACUUACCUGACCUUACACUUCUGAUUGUUAAACUUGGCUGCAUUUUGGAAUCAUCUGGGAGAGUUUUAAAAAAUACUGAUGACUGGGUCCAAUCCCCAGAGAUUCUGAUUUAAUUGGUAAGGAGUGUAGCUUGGCAGUUUUAAAACCACAAUGUCCAGCAGAAUUUGAGAACCACUGCCCUACCCUACCCUCCUUCCGUCCUUCGUUAUCUUAUCUGGAGGCAGGGGCACCUUCAGCUUUUCCAGUCACGAGCUGGAGCGGGCGGGACCUGGAGGAACCUGCAGACUUAGAGUCCUGCUGUUCCUGGGAGAACAGGCCUUCAGGCGGGGACCCAGGAAUCCAGCUCCAGACUCUGUCCCCAGCAGCCUCCUCAGUCCGGGACAGGACAGGAAGUGUCCGGCGGAGGUGGGGGUGGAGGUGAUUGGCAGUUGAAGGCUCCAAUGGGCCGGGAGUCCCCCUAUUUCACCCUUCUCGUUCCAUUGGCGCCUGGGCGGAGCCGCCCCCACUGGGGGGGUGGGGGGCCCAGGGCGGGAGAGGGUAGAGGCCAGGGCAGAGGGCGAGGGCGGAGGGCGCAGGCGGCGGCGGGGCCGCGGAAGAUGAGCAGCAGCUGCUCAGGGCUGAGUAGGGUCCUGGUGGCCGUGGCUACAGCCCUGGUAUCUGUCUCUUCCCCCUGCCCCCAGGCCUGGGGCCCCCCAGGGGUCCAGUAUGGGCAGCUUGGCAAGUCAGUGAUGCUGUGUUGCCCUGGAGUGACUGCUGGGGCCUCAGUGUCCUGGUUUCGGGACGGAAAGCCAAGGCUGCUCCAGGGACCCAACUCUGAGCAAGUGCACCAACUGGUCCUUGCUCGGGCAGACAGCACUGACGAGGGCAUCUACAUCUGCCGGACCCUGGAUGGUGCUGUUGGAGGCACGGUGACCCUGCGGUUGGGCUACCCUCCAGCCCGCCCUGUCGUCUCCUGCCAAGCAGCUGACUAUGAGAACUUCUCCUGCACUUGGAGUCAGGGUCAGGUCAGCAGUCUACCCACCCGCUACCUCACCUCCUACAGGAAGAAGACAGCGCCAGGGGCUGAUGAUCAGAGGAUGCAUUCAGCCACUGGGCCCUGGCUGUGCCCGCAGGACCCCCCAGGGGCUGCCCGAUGUGUGGUACGUGGGGCAGAGUUCUGGAGCCAGUACCGGAUCAAUGUGACUGAGGUGAACCCCCUGGGGGCCAGCACACGCCUGCUGGAUGUGAGCUUGCAGAGCAUCUUGCGCCCUGACCCACCUCAGGGGUUGCGAGUGGAGCCAAUACCUGGUUACCCCCGCCGCCUGCAUGCCAGCUGGAAGUACCCCACCUCUUGGCCCCACCAACCCCACUUUCUGCUCAAGUUCCGGCUGCAGUACCGCCCAGUGCAGCAUCCAGCCUGGUCCACGGUGGAGCCGGUUGGGUUGGAAGAGGUGAUCACAGACGCUGUGGCUGGGCUGCCCCACAUAGUGCGGGUCAGUGCCCGAGACUUUCUGGAUGCUGGCACCUGGAGUGCCUGGAGUCCUGAGGCCUGGGGGACUCCGAGCACUGGUGAGAGACAAAGCCCAGGGAAAGGGCAGAGGACCCACCCCACAGCAUCUAUCAGCUGGCCCCCUACUACUUCGUGGCGCCUACCAAAGGAGAUACUAGCUGGGGGCCAGCCACCAGCUGGGGACCAACCACAUUCAAAGCCGGAAGUGCAGAUGCAAGCAGGCAGCCUCGCUCCCCCAAGACUCUCCCUCCAGCCAGGCCCACGGCCACUUGAUCACAGGGUCCCUCUGGAGCAGGUAGCCAUGCUGAUGUCAUUGGGAAUCCUCUCUUUCCUGGGACUGGUGGCUGGGGCAUUGGUACUGGGGCUCUGGCUGAGACUGAGACUGGGACAGAAGGAUGGACCCCCAAAACGUGGAUUCUUGGGCCCAAUCAUUACAGUGGACAAGUGUGCAAGAGCCCCAGACUUAUAGAGGAUCCAGAAGGGCUUCAGCUGAUUCCACCUGUAACUGUAUUGCUGGUGUGGAUGGAUGGACAGAUAGAACCCCAGGCAGGAUAGUAGAUCCCCACUACGAGAGGGGAGUCUAAACUGGAAUUUCUCUUUGGAGCCCAUUUCUGUGAGACCGUGGAUUCCAAGUUUGCAAACUGACAGGUGUCUGGACCUGAUUUCAUCCCAGAGCUGGAGGUCCAGCCUGAGGGACAUGUGUGUAUGUCUGUCCAUGUGUGACCAUGUGUAUGUGAAACAGGGAACGUGUGUUUCCUGCAUGUAUGUAUAUAGGUGCCUGGGGAGUGUAUGGGGGUCCUUGGUCUUGCCCCUAAUGGGGUUGGGAGGGUGUGAAUAAAGACAAUAAGAAAGUUCUGUUUAUUGAUAUGUUUCCCAGCUCCAGAUUCAGGGCUCACUGGAGUACAUAGAACUUGGAGAUCACAGUCAGAGACCAUUGUUCAACGCUGCUUUAUUGUUUUGACUGUUGGGAGUCCCAGCCGAUUUUUCCCAGCAGCCCAAAAUUCAGCUGGGCGGAGUCCCCUGGAUUCUCUUUCCUUGACGCUUAAACCACUGAGCCAGGCUGUGAUUUUGGGGGUGGAUGCAGACACUGUGUUGAGCCAGGUGAAGCCUGGGAAGGGAAAGGUCCAUAGCCAUGGUCAAAGCUUGGGGAUGAGUUUGGGGUCCAGGGGUUAAGGACACAGUCCAGAUGAAAACCUGAGUCAGUAUCAGAAUUAGAGUUUGGGGCUGGAGUUGGGAUCACCGUCAGGGGUUGGGACUGAGAUCAGAGUCAGGGGUCAGUAUCAGAGAUGGGGCCAGAGCUUACACAAAGGCCUGGAGGUGACAGUCCCCAUCAGCCUUCUGCAGGUCCACCCGGAUGACCUUCCUCAGCAGCUUGUUCGGGAGUGGCUGUUGGUAGAGCUGAGUACAGCAGGUGAUACUGGGUGGCGAUAACAAUGCUAGAGGACAACGGAGCCAUGUGUUCAGAGGCAUCCUGGCCCAGAACCCCCCCAUCAUACAGCUGGGCUUCCUGGACCCCUUUUUCUCUCUAUCCGACUCACACAGACCCCGAGCCUUCUAGACUCCCAAGCACUCACCUGCCCCAGGGUCUGAGUUCAGCAGCAACAGCAGUAGGAGGCUGCUGGUGGGUAAGGUCCCCUUCAUGCUGCUCAGCUUGGAUCCUUUCUUCUCAUUCCUUCUCCUCCCCUACU